UCUAUAAUCGUUGCGUUGAAAUUAAUAAAACGGAACGACGACGACGACGACAACGAUAACCAUAAUAAUAUUAUAUCGUUUAGAGAGAAGUUUGAUCGAAUUACGUGUGAGCGGCGAGCCGCGCGGCACUGCGCGGAGAUGCGACGAAGAAAGUGAGAAACGCGAACGGCGACGUCGGGACAUUGGCGUGAACCGCUUUUGAAUAACUGGAACGCGUCGUUGACGACGAAGCGACGUUAUCUUCCAGUACAUAUGUAUGUAUACGGGGAAACUUUCUUUCGGUUCGCUUCGCGUGCUCGUCUAAACGAUCGAAAGCGUUCGGUAACGGUAAACAGUUCGGUAUUGUCUUCUGGCACAUGUUCGUCUUGCACGCGUUUGCAGUACGCACACCCACCUAGUUUCACACAUGUUUUCACACACACACGCCUCUCACAUGGAUAUUCGUGCGUAAUAUUUCGAAAAAUUAACGACCAGAGAUGACCGACGACAACGGAGGCGUGAAGAACAAAUUUAACGUGCGCAUCGCAGAAAACGGGGUUUACAUUUCUAUGAAUAUACGUGCGACAUGUGCGCCCCGAUACAGAAUCGUUUAUUCAUCCGAACGCGCGUACGUACAGGUAUACGUGUAGAUAAUAAUUUGCGGAGAAAUCGGCGUGAGAUAUUUGAUCGGUUGAACGAACAUCCAUCUAGGGACGUGUACGUGUUCCGAGAGCCUCGGUUGAAUAAAUAUAUACCGCAAUAUAAAGCGUGGAAUCAUCGUGCAAACAGUAGAGGCUGCAACGAGAGGCGAAAGAUGUAUUAUGUUAAUUGAAUUAUUUCGAUGAGCGCUUGUACGCGCAUUUCAUACCGAUGCACGAAACGCCUCGUUUCUCGGAUCUCGACACCUCCGUAGGAAUAACAAAUACCUCGGCGGCGGCGGCUCAAGGUGUUCGGGUUCGGUGUCGAUGCAUCCGCGCCCACCUCGCCGUAGUCGGUGAUUACCUAACCAGCUGCGGGAGACGACAAACACAGACGACCGACGACAGAAGCGGAAGGAUAACGUCAAUUUUCCCCGAGAGAAGCGUAGCGGUAUUUCGUUAUUUUUCGCUUCGGCAAAUCGAAACAUGACGAGCGAGAAAAAGCGCGGCAUCGCGAAGACGGCGGCGCAAUUUCAUAAUUUCAAAUAACCCGAGCCAAAGAUCGCGCGGCGCAUUGUGGGUCCCCGAUCGGGGGGUCGUAUCCACGUGAUCUCUGCCGUGUAGCUAACAGAUGGCGGGGCGGAGCCGUUAUCGGUCGAACUUCGGAUACCGAGGGAGACGGGGUGGCCGGCUCGGUUGGUAAAAAAAGUAAAAAAGCUUCGCGUCGCCGCCCGCCGCGUCGGUGGCGCCAAAGCUGGACAGUUGAAUGCGGACCGCGGGGCCAGAAAACAAGCAACCUGCGAGGGGGUCGGCAGUUGACUUUCAGUCCCAAAACAUCGAGAUCAACGGCAGCGCGCGUGCCCCGGCAAUAGCGAUCUCGAGUAUCGGACGGAGGGAGGCGUUAUCAACGAGGAUAGUUUACGUGGUAUAUUUUUUCGUUCGCUCGGGACGCGGAAUCCGCUCGGUGGUCGUCGAUCGCGACCCUUUUAAAUCCCCAAAGAACACGUGUGUACUCUGUGUGCAGUGUGCGACCGAGGAGCUCGGCUAAGCGUGUAGCAGUUGGUGCAGGCAGCAGGGCGCCCCGGGUUGGGUCAUGAAAGUGACGUAAGAUACACAUCCCCGUUGGAAUCGCAACGAAGCAUUCGCCAUUCCGCGUUGAAGAAUAAUCGUACAGCGCCGGGGAUCCCCCGGAACUGGAGUGGAAGUAAAUAAAAGAAGAGAAAAUAAGAGAAAAAAGGAAAUAAGGAAGGAAAAAUCGAAGCGAUGGGCGAACGACGGGGUACGAAAGCUCUGGAGUUGUGGUGCCGACGCAUAACCCAAGGGUACCCGGGGGUCAACGUGCAAAAUAUGACAACGUCGUGGCGCGACGGACUGGCCUUCUGCGCGAUGAUUCAUCAUUUUCGACCCGAACUCGUGGAUUUCAACGGGUUGAACAAAGACGACGUCUACGGCAACAACGAACUUGCGUUCAGGACCGCCGAACAGCAUCUGGGGAUCCCCGCGCUCCUCGAUGCCGAGGACAUGGCGUCCUGCGCCGUACCCGAUCGUCUGUCGAUACUCACCUACCUGUCACAGUUUUACCAGACCUUCGGAGCCCUCUCUCCGAGCCGCCCCGCCGUCAAGAGGACAAAGGAGGAAACCGACGGAAGGCUCGCAUCGGUCUCCGGGAGUCCCCAGCCCAAGGUGGGGGUUCGUCUGGGGAUGCGGAAGGAGCCGUGCGUCGUUUGUGGGCUGCCGGUAUUUCUUGCCGAAAGAUUAGUGAUCUCCAGGUCCCUCUAUCAUCGGACGUGCUUCAGGUGCGCUCGAUGCAACAACCAGCUAACACUCGGCAACUAUUACGAAACGGAGGAGGGCCAAUUUUGCUGCGAGACCUGUCCGGACGAAGAGUUGGCGUCGUCGAUCCCCGUGAUGCAUCAGGAUUACAACCAGAUAGCAUUGAUCGGCGGAAGUAAGAACGCCGGCGAAGUGUACCCAGCGCCGUACGAACGGGCGCUCAGCGACGAAGAGAAGACGUCGAAGCACACAAAUUUCGAUGUCGCGGGUGAUUCGACGCGUCUCACCCCUCCGCCGGACGAGAAUCCGUCGCCAUCCCUGGAGUCUAAGACCAGGCUUAAUUUUAUCACCAGCCAUUUGCUCUCCGAUAAUCGAGAAAGCGAAAUUCCGCCAGCGAACGAACGCCUCCUGCCCCCCGCAGCGGAAAAUGAGGAGUCACCGCAUCCUGUAGAUAAGCGGAAUGAGACCCCGGACGAAUCGAGCCACGCCAGCGCGGAUACUAGUUUGUCAAGUUUUCCCGCUUUUCCCACUUCGUCCUCGAUAAAUUCCGCUGCUUCGCUGACCUUGCCGUCUGCCAGGCCCGUUGAAUCCCAACGAUCGGACGACAGUUCCGACGAAGACGAUCUUCACUCCGGCACGGAGACGGAGACGGUCAGUAAGCACGAGGACGACGGUGUAAAUAAUGAUAAAUAUUCGAGUAAGAUAGUUAUUAGCUCUAGCGUUAAUCAGCACCCAACUGCCAUCGCGACUCAUGACGUAGAUAAUAGAAGUAUAAGAUUUAACGAGGAUACCAAAGACGCGGUCGCUGCCGAUAAAGACAAGGCGUACGAGGCCCCUGGUGAACGCCUCUCCCUCGUACAGCAGCGAUUGAAAAUAUUCGAAAACAGUAUACACGCCGAAGAAGCCGGCAAAGCAAACGAGCCAAAUUCAGUUGUACAUAAUUUGUCGAAACAAAACAUGAACAAGGACGAGCCUAAAAAAGAAGAUGAAAGAACCGAUCGAGUGACGGGAGAAUCCAUCGAUGACGUCGAGGUCGUACACGAGUGGGAAGAGCCUUCACAUUUACCUGGCGAGGAGCCGCUGACAGCUGCUGUCACAUCCAAGAAAAAGACAGAGGGCCAGGAACUUCCAGCAGACGCACCCAGCCAAGCCCAGAGCUUGUCCAAUAUAUCGGGUGUGGAUUUGAGCGACGCCGUGGAUUACCCCGAGGAUCUCAACCCCUUUCAGAGUGACGACAGUGACGGCCACGAUGGAGAAGAGUUUCGACAACCACCGAUUAACGAUAAGUCUGACAAAAAUUCAUCUACGAAUCCUUUCGGUAGCAGCGAAGAGGAAGACGGUUGCAAAGAAGUCGCUCCGCCCCGCCCAGCUGUACGCAACAAAACUGCGUCUCGAAAUAAGACUGAUAAGGAUAUUCGCGGGACGCAACUGCAGACCAAGCGAAUCCUCAAAGCACCACAAAUUAGCCUCAACCCUUUUUGGAGCGACGAAGACGACCACGAUAGCGAUGACGAUACCAAGACCACUCCGAUCCCAAAACCGCGAACCUUGAAGCCGACGCCAGAACCGAGUCCCGUUCCACGGAAAACAUCGCUCGAUCGCAGCGGAUUAUAUGCAUCGAACAGUUCUAUAGCGAGUACGGGAUCGUUGGUUACACCUGGUGGUACUCACCGUAAGAAGAAGCCAGCUCCGCCACCUCCUAUGGCGCAGGAUAUGUUCUCCUCCUCGUCUGCCUUUGCCUCGCCGAUUCUGCAAUCUGGUGACGAAUUGUCCCUCUCAAACGUAGCUGCAUCGCGUACGCCACGUAUUCGAAAAUCGAAGCCGGCUCCACCUCCUCCGAUGUCUACGAGUACGCCGCAUAGUACGACCGAUUCAUUCGUUACGGAAAGUGAAAAUCCAGAAGUCGGAGCUUUGGUUUGGGAUGAUCAAAAAAGUAGCAAAGACGAGAUAAAUAGAAACAGACAAAGCUUAUCCCCGAUAUCCAACGCGGAAGAAGGCGUUCCACAUUACUCGGUAUCCUUUGUUGAUAAAAGUGCUCAGGGGAAGUGGAAGAGGAAAAAGGGACCCGCGCCACCCCGACCAAUUCCGCACAAAAGAAAGAUAAAAGUCAUGUCUGUCAAGGACGUCAAAUUGGAGCUAGAUGAAAUUGAAAUGCAGCAGCAGGGAUUAGAAAAACAGGGUGUUCGACUGGAGCAACUCAUUAGGGACAAGUGCGAAACCGGUCAAGAGAGUGAAGAAUUUACAAGUUUACGCGUGGAUGUGGAGGAAUUGGUCUUGGAACUCUUUGCACUAGUUAAUGAAAAGAAUGAGCUCUUCAGGAGGCAGGCUGAACUUAUGCUACUUCGUAGACAACAAAGGCUAGAAGAAGAACAUGCAGACGUAGAAUAUCAAAUUCGGUGCCUGAUGAGUCAACCUGAAGCAACGAAAACAGAUUCUGACAAGCAACGAGAAGAAGUACUGAUUCAAAGAUUGGUUGAAAUUGUGGAGCGCCGUAAUGAAAUAGUUGAGUGCCUUGAAAUGGAUCGUCGUAGAGAAGUUGAAGAAGACAGAAGCAUUCAUGAGCAGAUGGGAAUAUAUGCAGCUAAAAGUAAAGGAGAUCUAACUUCGACGAGCGACAGUUCUCGUAGUUUACCUACUUCGAAGAAGAAUAAGGUAAAAGAGAAGGUGAAAGACAAGAAAAAUAAGAAGAGCCAUAAAAAAGAUGCCGACAAGGAUGUAGAUGAGACUGAAACAAAGCUAAAACGUCACAAAAAAAAGUGGUUUUGAGUUUAUUUUAUUCAAAGUUAAGUCGUUGUUAAACUAAUAACGUAGUUUCUCUUUAAUACUUUUAUAAAUAUUUUUUAGCACAAGAUUUAUUAUUUAUGACUGUGUAUCAUAUAUCCAAUUAAGCUUAGUAAUAAAUGAUCUGUUUACAGCCAAUGAA